GAUGAUCACAAAAAUGGAAUGACAGACCCCAUCUUGUCCUUUGCUGGUUCUGGGGUCUGGUGGCCGCUCUGCCACUCCAUAUAUACAAAGCUGUGGUGCAACAGAGCUUAGGUGCAUUCUCACUUCUACAUAAUGGACAUGAUCCCUGGUACUAGAGGCAAAGUAUGUGUGACAGGUGCCUCCGGCUUUAUUGCUUCUUGGCUUGUUAAGCGACUUCUUGAUUCAGGGUACUAUGUGAGGGGAACAGUGAGAGACCCAGGAGAUUACAAGAAAACUUCACACCUCUGGGAGUUGGAAGGAGCAAAAGAGCGGCUCCAGCUUGUGAAGGCUGAUCUCAUGGAAGAGGGCAGCUUUGAUGAGGCUGUCAUGGGAUGCAAGGGCGUCUUCCACAUUGCAUCUCCUGUUCUCAAAGGUCACUCUGAUCCAAAGGUUGGAAUUUUGGAUCCUGCAAUCAAUGGCACCCUAAAUGUGUUAAGAUCAUGCAAGAAGAACCAAGCACUUAAAAGGGUUGUUCUUACAUCAUCAUCAUCUACAGCAAGAAUAAAAGAGGACAUCGACCCUAAAAUACCAUUGGAUGAGACAUCAUGGAGCUCUUUGGAGCUUUGCAAAAGGCUCCAGCUAUGGUAUUCCCUGGCAAAAAUUCUAGCAGAGAAGGCAGCUUGGGAAUUUGCAAAGGAGAAUAACAUCGACCUUGUGACUGUUCUUCCAGCAUUUGUCAUAGGACCCAGUUUGCCCCGCAACUUAUGCUUAACUGCUUCAGAUGUUCUUGGCUUGCUUAGAGGAGACAAUGAGAGGUUUUCAUUGCAUGGUAGAAUGGGAUAUGUUCAUAUCGAUGAUGUUGCACGCUGCCACAUUCUAGUGUAUGAAGACGCCAAAGCUCAUGGGAGAUACCUCUGCAGUUCUACUGUUCUUGAUAACCAUGAAUUAGCUGGCAUACUUGCAAAGCGUUAUCCAUCACUGCCCAUCCCUAAAAGGUUAAUUUUCCUGAUUGCCUUAGAAUUAUCAGUAAUCAAGAUUCCUACAGAGGUUACAAUUUGUCUGAAAUAUCCCUAUAGUGAUUGCCUAGCGGCUGUAGUUACUAAUUUGACAUCUCAAAAUUAUUCAGCAUAUGGUUUUUCUUCUGAGAAAUAGCAUCUGGAGAUUUUGAAAUUCAUGAAACGUAUACUAAUAGUCUAGUCCAAUAGAAUUCAAGCAAAAAUAAAAAAAAAAAUAGUAGACUUCUAGCAAGUCUGAAAGGUGGAUAUGAAGUAUUGUAUUGAUUUGCAGUUGCAGAAAAUCAACAAGCAUGGGACAGGAAAUAAAAAUAAUUAUAGCAGCAAAAUUUACACCAAAGGUUCACAUUUCAAACAUUUUUUCACCAAGACAUUUUGCAUUUGCACAUUUCAAGAACUAACAACCAUAGUUUUGUUUCAUUUUCUUAACGAAAAACAGGUGGUGCUUUGCCCUUUCAUUUCUCUCAAAGAGUUAAUCACGGCUGCAUUAGUUUAUUACCUGUCAUUGAAAUUAAUCGUAAUCAAUUGUAAGUGUGCAGUUUCAAGAACUACUAUGGAGAGACACCCUACUACGUGUUCGAUACAUCUAAGAUACAGGACUUGGGCUUCAUGUUUAAGGGUAUAGAGGAGAUGUUCGAUGACUGCAUCCGAUCACUCAAGGAACAUGGCUAUCAUCUUGACUGCUAGACUAUUCGAUGUGUGACAAUGAUAUUAUGGGAAUCAUGGGCUCAACAAAAUCUUUAAGCAUCCUUUGUCAGGGCUACCUUUUAUCGAAUUCUGAUGUUAUUAAUAAAUGAAUUCUGCAGUAUGUGAUGUAUAACCAGAUGCAGUGAUCUUUAGCUCAAUUUUCCUUGUAUCA